AUGGAAUAUCAAGCACAAGAGCCAAAGACCGCCACCAAAGGCGAAAGCUACGAUGCCUAUUUCGAGACCGUACAACGCCGGAAAAAGCUGCCCCACAAUCUACAGGAGUCCCUAACCGCCUCUUUUGCCAGAAUUCCGGUUUCCUCCUUCCCUAAAGUCGCCGGCGGCAAAGUAAUUGAAAUCUAUGCCGACACGUUGAUAAGCGACGCCGUGAAAAUACUGUCGGAGUCGAACAUACUCUCGGCCCCGGUGGUGGAUCCCGACGCUCGGGACAGCAUGGACUGGCGGAGGAGGUACCUCGGGAUAGUCGACUACUCGGCCAUCAUCCUAUGGGUACUGCAGAACGCGUCGGUGGCCGCAGCCGCCCUGUCGGCGGUGUCGGCGGCGGCCGCGGGCAUCGGGACGGGCGCCGCCGGCGCGAUAGGGGCGGCGGCGUACAGGCUGCGUAACGUGCCCGUGAUCCAGACGGGUCGCCCGACAAUCGAGAACUUCAUAACUCAAUCGGCUGUUGUGCAGGGCCUUCAGGGGUGUAAAGGCAGGGACUGGUUCGACUGCAUUUCGCACCACUCGUUAGCUGAGCUCGGGCUGCCCUUUAUGUCUCCCGAUCAGGUUGUGGGCGUUAGGGAUGAUGAGUUAAUUCUUGAAGCGUUCAAGAAAAUGAAAGAGAGGGAAAUCGGAGGGCUUCCGGUUAUGGAAGGUGAGUCGAGGAAAAUCGUGGGCAACAUAAGCAUAAGGGAUAUUAGGUUCUUGAUGCUCAACCCCGAGCUCUUCUCGAAUUUCAGGGGAGUUACGGUGAAGGACUUCAUAAAGAUGGUUAGCUUGGCAACAAACGACACGGGGAGGACAGUGACACCGAUAACGUGCAAUCCUGAGUCAACACUUGGCAGCGUGAUAGACACUCUUGCUUCCAGAGGGGUCCACAGGAUCUACGUGGUCCGCGACACGGGCAACGAGGUUCUUGGCGUGAUCACACUCAGAGACGUGAUCUCGUGCUUCAUAAACGAGCCGAAAAAUUACUUCGACGACUAUUUCGGCUUCUCGGCUCAAGAGAUAUUGAGCCAGUGA